AAAACUCGGCUGUCACAAAACCAAACACGCGCGUUUGGAAAACACGAGAAAACCGAAAACGCCUUGGAAACCGGCAGACAACACUCGUUUUUUUUUCUGCGACUCGAUAAAAAUCAGCAAUCAUUUUCGACUGCUGGCGAUUACAAUAGAAUAUCCAGCUGUUUGAUUUGUGAAAACCGGAUCGUGAUUCAAAAUGAAAAUCGAAGAAGUGAAAAGUACGGUGAAAACCCAGCGCAUUGCUGCUCACAGCCAUGUCAAGGGUUUGGGACUGGAUGAAAACGGAGUUCCGCUUCAGAUGGCCGCCGGAUUGGUGGGACAAAAGGAUGCUCGGGAGGCGGCUGGCAUCGUUGUGGAUUUGAUCAAAUCGAAGAAAAUGUCCGGAAGAGCUUUACUUCUGGCAGGUCCACCGGGAACUGGGAAAACGGCCAUUGCCCUAGCGAUUGCCCAAGAGCUUGGCAACAAAGUGCCGUUCUGUCCAAUGGUCGGCUCGGAAGUGUUCAGCAGUGAAAUCAAGAAAACCGAAGUCCUGAUGGAGAACUUUCGCCGCUCGAUUGGCCUCCGAAUCCGGGAAACGAAAGAAGUCUACGAAGGGGAAGUGACGGAAUUGACCCCGGUUGAAACUGAAAACCCGAUGGGAGGAUAUGGGAAAACGAUCAGUAACGUCGUGAUUGGACUGAAAACGGCCAAAGGAACCAAGCAGCUCAAAUUGGACCCAAGCAUUUACGAAUCCCUCCAAAAGGAAAAGGUAGAAGUCGGAGAUGUAAUCUAUAUCGAAGCUAACAGCGGUGCCGUGAAGAGACAAGGACGAAGUGACACAUUUGCCACGGAAUUCGAUUUGGAAACGGAAGAAUAUGUUCCUCUUCCCAAGGGCGAUGUCCACAAGAAGAAGGAAGUUGUUCAGGAUGUCACUCUACACGAUUUGGAUGUGGCCAAUGCAAGGCCUCAAGGCGGUCAGGACGUUCUUUCGAUGGUGGGACAAAUCAUGAAACCGAAGAAAACGGAAAUCACCGAUAAACUAAGGAUGGAAAUCAACAAAGUGGUCAAUAAGUACAUUGAUCAGGGAAUUGCCGAAUUGGUUCCCGGGGUUUUGUUCAUCGAUGAGGUUCAUAUGUUGGACUUGGAGUGCUUCACUUAUUUGCACAAAUCGUUGGAAUCGGCUAUCGCCCCAAUAGUCAUUUUUGCCACCAACAGAGGCCGUUGCGUAAUUCGUGGAACCGAUGACAUAAUCUCUCCCCAUGGAAUUCCGUUGGAUUUAUUAGAUCGUUUACUAAUUGUUCGUACCGCUCCAUACAAUCUGUCGGAGAUCGAGCAAAUCAUCAAGCUGAGAGCGCAGACCGAAGGAUUAAGCGUUGAAGAUUCGGCCAUCCAAGCGUUGAGCGAAAUCGGAGACAACACUACCCUUCGAUAUGCAGUCCAGCUACUGACCCCAGCGCACCAGAAUUGCAAAGUUAACGGUCGAACGCAAAUCACCAAAGACGAUAUCGUGGAGGUCAAUGGAUUGUUUUUGGACGCUAAGCGGUCAGCGAAGUUCCUGCAGGAGGAAAACACCAAAUACAUGAUGUAGACAUGAUUUCCAUUGAAAUUUCAUUUUAAUUCGCUUACUAUACUACUAUAAUGUCAAUAAAUGGAUAAACUUGACGUGCUUUGAAUUUGAAAA